AUGAUAGGACAAUUUCGCAAAGCUCAUCGAAUGUUUUCUUCAAGACGAAUGAAAACCAUCAAGGUUUUCCAAAAUGGUAGCCAGUUAUUUGUCAAGUCAAGCAUAUUGAAAAGCUUUUCUUCUGAAGUUACACGAACUGCAACUGUCUUGUUCAUUGACAAUGUUCCCAAGAAAGGUUUUUGCGAAUGUGCUGUCGGAAAGUGUGGUCUCUGUUGUCAUGUUAUCGUUAUACUGCUACAGUUAGAACACUUCACAACACAUAAAAAGCUGUUUUUGUCUUUGACCUGUACAGAGAAGCUUCAAAAGUGGCAUCGACCAAAUUUAAAGAAAGGGAAAGAGCUAAAAGCUAACUUGAAGGCUGCUGCUCAUAUCAGACUGAAAUAUUUUAGAAAUGCCAAAUCAGCAAGACAUGUAAAUUAAAGAACAAAGAAGAAAGUUGUAGCUAGAGGUGUAAGUGAUGAAAACAGUGACUGGCUGAAACGAGAUAUUUCCUCCAUGAGCUCUCAAGUAGUAGAUGGCCUGUCUAAAUGCAGAAUCAAUUUAUCAAAUCAUUUUCUUAAAACUCUAGAGAAAUUUAAAAUAAGACACUCAGGAUUGUAUCGCCAUUUGUCUUACAAAAAUGCUUAUCUGAACAGAGUGAUACAAAAUGAACAUGACUACACAAAACUAAAUCCUCCAGCAAACCUGGAACAAAACUCCAAAACACCUUCUGAGUGUGAGGAUAAAUGGCACUCUUCAUUGAUAGCCAAUUCUAACAACUUCAACCAAGAUAAUUGCACAGUGGGACAGCCUACUUCAGAAUGUCAAGAGCAAACAUUUUGUGCAGAUAAAACUCAAGAGUUGUUAGAAUUGCUUACAAACUCUAAAGAUGAGAUUAUAACUGUUAAGGUCCCUCAGCUUAAAGAAGUCAGACUAACUACAAGUGCAAGAUACAUUGAUGUUCAACAAGGCACUUCUGAUUGGCUUAACCUGAGGACGGGGUAA